AUGGAAAAGCAAAGACUUGACCCCAGACAUUAUUACUCCAGAGUCCUAGCACUGACCAUUAGGCACAGCUGCCUCAACUACCUAAAUAAGAUUUGGUACCUGGCUGUGGAAGAUCAAGAUGACUCCACAGAGUAUAAGGAGGAGGUGGACACAACAUUUCCAAAUGGAUCCACCAGACGAAUCAUCUGGAAAAAACAAUGGCUCACCUCAGUUUCUAUUUUUAAUGAUGAAAUGGAAAAAAUACUGCUAGAUGCCCAGCAUGAGUCUAGAUGGAGUAGUUCCAAGAGUUCUCACUGUGACAGCCUCUCACAGAGCCCACAAGAUACUAACAGAGUUUCUGAAACAGACACCCAUAGCAUCGGAGAGAAAAACAGCUCUCAGUCUGAGGAAGAUUAUAUGGAGAGAAGGAAAGAAGUUGAAAGCAUCUUGAAGAAAAACUCAGACUGGAUAUGGGAUUGGUCAAGUCGGCCAGAAAAUAUCCCCCACAAGGAGUUCCUCUUCAGACACCCAAAGCGCACAACCACCCUCAGCAUGAGAAACACGAGUGUUAUGAAGAAAGGGGGCAUUUUCUCCGCAGAAUUUCUAAAAGUUUUUCUUCUGUCUCUGCUGCUGUCUCAUCUGCUGGCCAUUGGACUGGGGAUCUAUAUUGGACGGCAUCUGACAAUCUCCACCAGCACCUUCUGAUGAAGAACUGGAAUCCAGCUUUUUUUCAUGGAGCGGGAUUUAUAUCAGAGCUUGCAGCGUAGCUAACUGAAGAGCUCUCUUGGUCCUUGGGUGGCUGCACCACUUGUGUUUAUUUGUUCUGUAAAUGCAGUGCUCCUAAUUUAGUGAAAUG